AUGAUUUUCAGUUCAUGGAAUGUUAGGGGGUUGAGGGGAGAUGGGAAGAAGAGAAUGGUGAAGGACCUAAGAAAUAAACAUAGGCUACAAAUGUUAGGUUUGAUUGAAACUAAAAGGCAGAUUUUGACGAGGUUUGAUGUUACAUGUAUAUGGGGACAAGGUAGUCCAGGCUGGGAAUAUGUAGGCUCUGAUGGAGCGUCUGGUGGACUUUUGUUAAUGUGGGAUGAGGAGGUGUUUAAAGUAAAUAACUGCUACCAGGGAGAGAGGUGGUUGUGUGCUGAAGGAGUGAUUUUAAAAAAUAGUUUCAACUGUGCGUUUGUCUUGGUUUAUGGUGCACAUGAUAGAGAUGAGAAGAUUCAUGUUUGGGAGGAGCUGAGCUAUAUAGCGGGGCUAUGUCAGGUUCCGUGCUGUUUUAUGGGAGACUUUAAUGAAAUAGUACAUGUAGAGGAACGGAAAGGUGGGACUGGGUUGACACGGUCUACGGAAGAUUUCAAGUUUUGGAUACAGGAUAUGAACUUAGUGGAUCUACCGCUCACUGAUCGGAAGUUUACAUGGUUUAGAGGGCAAUCCUGCAGUCGCAUAGAUAGAGUUCUGGUUAGUGUGGAGUGGUUGGAAGAGUUCCCAGAGGCACAUUUGCGACCAAGGGGUUUGUCAGAUCACUGCCCGUUAAUAGUGGAGGGUAGGAAGCUAAGAGGAGGUCCGAGGCCGUUCCGAAGCCUUGAUUCAUGGUUUACACAUGAGGGUUUUCUCAGGAUGGUGAGGGAGGAAUGGAGAGGCUUGGGAGAGCUACAGUUCACAGAUAAAUUGAAGGCGCUAACUGAACCUCUGGGAAGAUGGCAUAAGGCAAAUUUCGGUGAGAUGGACAAGAAGAUUACAAAGUUUGAGGAGGAGAUCAAGAGGAUUGAUGAUAUGGUCAGCAAUGGAGUUCAUGAUGGAACUCUAGAGGCUAGAAGAAAGGCGUUGGUUAAGUGCUGUGAGAGAUGGUAUGCGAGGAAAGAAUACUAUCCUCUUUUGCCCACCAGAAGAGGAGACUAUCAAGAACUACAAGAGGCUAUUGCGAUUCUUCGAGUUGAUGUCAGGUCUGAGUAUCAAUUUUGA